AAAAUUCUAGUCACAUUUACAGCACAGCCGUAAAUAUCAAAAUGAUUCCCAAAAUUAUUUUGUUCUGUGGUCUAUUUCUUGCCACAUAUGGGUCAAGUGUUGAGAAAGCAACAAGUAAUCCGCUCUUCAUAUCGUUCUUCAACGUCCAAGUUUUUGGAAAAAGCAAAAUGAGCAAACCGGAUGUGGUAAAAGUUCUUGUCGACAUUGUUCAGCGAUAUGACUUGAUCGUUAUUCAAGAGAUUCGUGACAUUGAUGAAAUCGCAUUUCCUCAGCUGGUCGAUGACGUUAAUGCGGCAUCAAAUGGCGCGUACUCAUCCAUACUUGGAACCAGAGUAGGACGAACAUCCAGUAAAGAGCAGUACGGAUAUAUUUACAAACAUGAACGCCUGCAACCGGUUAUGCAAUACGAGUACAAUGAUAGACGAGACGUCUUCGAAAGAGAGCCAUACGUGGUUAUGUUCCAAAGAACCGCUCAAUACCCGGGAGACCAAGAUAUAUUCAACGUUAUCCCACUUCAUGCCAAACCAGAUGACGCGGUUAACGAGAUGAACGCGUUGGUUGAUGUCUACGAUGACUCAAUCACAAUGACGGGACUUGUGGAUGCCAUUAUUGGAGGAGAUUUGAACGCAGACUGCAGUUACGUUUGCUCUUCGUGUUGGAGUGGGGUGCACUUGGAUGACGACCCUCCAUUCAGAUGGUGGAUUCCCAAUGAAGAUGAUACAACUGUUAGUACAACAGAUUGCGCUUAUGACAGGAUCAUAACGACGGGACAAGUCACAAACAACGCUUUCGGAGCAGGUAUAUUCUACUACGAUAACGCGUACGGGCUGUCAUACGAAGAGGCUAAAGAUGUGAGUGACCACUAUCCAGUUGAGUUCUACAUUUACUCAAUGAUGAGGCAUAUCCUGCUACUUGCUGCGUUUAUUUCUCUGUGGAUAUUCACGUACGCAGUCUGCCCAGAAGAAAACUCUGUAGCAGACCCUUUGCUUGUUGCGGCAUUCAACGUUCGAAUAUUCGGAAAAACAAAAAUGGGAAAGCGGAAUGUCGUCAAAAUUUUAGUGCAGAUAGUUCUUCGAUACGAUCUCAUUCUAAUACAAGAAAUACGAGACAUAACAGGAACUGCAUUUCCAGCAUUGGUGCAAAAGGUAAAUGAAGCAGCUCCACCAGGAGUUCAAUACGAUAUGUUAAUAGGCGAAAGAGAAGGAAGGACAUCCAGCAAAGAGCAAUAUGGCUUUAUAUACCGGACUGAUAGACUUGGACCGACAAUGAAUUACAGAUAUACCGACGUAAGAGGAACGUUUGAAAGGCCACCUUUUGUGGUGAACUUUCGACGCACUACUACUACAGGUGUUCAAAAAAGCUUCAACUUUAUUCCACUUCACGCUAAACCGUCAAGACAAUCUGCUAUCAAUGAAAUGAAUGGUUUGGAGUUAGUUUACGGAGACUCGAUAAUUCGAACAUUAACAGGGGAUUCCGUCAUAGCAGGCGACUUGAAUGCGGAUUGUGCCGUCAUAUGUAAAAAAUGUUGGAAUCAAAUUAGGUUGAGAAACAAUCCCACAUACCAUUGGCUUAUUGGAGACGACGUAGAUACAACAACUCAAAACACAAACUGUUCUUAUGACAGGAUAAUUCUGACUGGUAGAAUGGUAUCAAGAGCCUUCGGUGGAAAAGUUUUUCCAUUCGACUCUCAUUUCGGAUUGUCACAAGAUCAAGCCCUCGAAGUCAGCGAUCACUACCCUGUUGAAUUUACCAUCAUCUAAUAAUUAAUGUUAUCUCAUCAGCGUCAACUUCAUAUAUACUCAAAUUCAACAUUCAACGAACUUUUUUUUACCUAUUGUUACAUACCACGCUAGGUGGCUUUGCUUUGAGCAAAUUCUAUUACAUAGGGUGAAUUCUUUUAUAAACAGGCUAUAUCAUCGUCCAUCAUCAAAGUGUGGCAUUUCAUGAUUUCUGUUUUGAGUAAUUUUAAUUUCUGUACCAAUAUUACCAAUGAGAUGCUGUGCGUAUAUUUUUAGCCCAAUACAGUGUCUUGUCUGAUUUUCUUUUUAAUCAUUUUUUAAUGUCUAAGCUGAAGAAAUACUUUAUCAAAAUAAUUUUUAGGAGUAUUCUCUAGAGUUAUUUUUGCAAUCUAUAAUCGCCAAUCGCAACCUUCCAGUGCGAAUAUACUUUUUAUAUUGUAUUUAGCAUUAUAUGCUUGCUUCAACGUAUGAUGAAAAUAA